AUGGUAAACUUUUCCUUUGCUACUUUUACAAACACUACAAACAUCACCAGAAGAGAAGGCGACAGAGAAGUCCCAUCGUUGGCUGGUUCCAUAAUCAUAAUCAUCAUUAACACCAUCUCUUUUCCCUGCGCAGUUCUGCUCAACGUACUUGUGAUAAAGGCUGUGAAAACAACGCCUAGACUCCGUACCAACAGUAACAUCUUGCUGGCCUGUUUAGCGGUGACUGACGCAUUAACUGGUCUCCUUUGCCAGCCAUUGUUUAUCCUGUGGAGAAUUUUCCUAGUAUUCGGUCUCAGUAAUAGUGAAACGGCUAAAAUUUCUUUCAUCUCGUCUCUACUUGUUACCCUUGUAUCCUCCUACCUUCAUCUGAUGUUGGUUACUUUCGAGAGACUCCUAGCUAUCAAAUUAACAAUGCAGUACUCAAACAUUAUGACUGAGAAGAACAUGAAGAUAGCUGUGUUAGUAGUUUGGAUCAUUGCGUUCAUUUAUGGGAUUUUAAGAGGAAUGAAAAAGGUGUUAGCAGCGCGCUCUUUGACAGGCCUUCUCACCAUUUCAUGUAUUCUCUUUCUUACUUUCACUAACUUUAUUAUGUAUCGAGAAACUGCUCGCCAUAAAGACAAGAUUAAAACUCAACAUCUUCCUCAGGAAGAUGUGGAAAGAUUUCUUAAAGAGAACAAAGCACUUAAAACAACCCUCUUUGUCGUUGGUGCUGUUCUUGUUUGCCUUCUUCCAGUUGGUUUCUUUUUCAUAGUUGUAGUUACAGGCCUUCAUGAUAUUUUCCCCAUUAACGUGCAGUUGAUGCAGACAUGUGCCAUGCUAAACUCGCUUGUUAAUCCACUGAUUUAUUGCUGGAGGCAAAAAGAAAUGAGAAAUGUCAUUUUCGGAAUGAGAACUCAGGCCGUGCGUUUAGACAUACAAAACCGAUAA